GAGAAGUCGGCGCGAAAUGGUAACUAAAUGUUUUUUAAGCGCAUGCCGAUAUGAUUUCAUAUGUAUUGCUCAAUAAUCUUGAUGCAAAGUAAAAAUGAGUACUCGAAUAUUGAAUGACAUUCAUAAUGAUUUGAAGCAGCUUAUAACAGCGCUUACAUCGUUUGAGGAAGCUGAAGAGGGAUUUCGGAUAUGCGAACGAUUUUGUUUAUCGAAUAUUAAACAUCAUCGCUAUCUCUCUAUCGAUAGUCACGCAACCAAAGAGGCGAUAAACGCUCUAAUCACCAAAUUCUCGAUCCACGGAAAAUAUGAAGUCGCUAAAAAGUUUCAAGAGCUGAUCGAUUCCUUUUUAUCGAGUUUUGACUUUGAGCAACACCCGCAGUACGAUCUGCAGUGGUGUUUGUUAACAUUCCUAUUGGAUCUGUCCACUGAAACUCACAAGUCCAACUUGGACAGCUUAAAACUCACGCGCGGGGAACACAGUUUUAAUGCAGCCACUGGAAACGAGGAUAGCAUUACGGAGGAAAUAGACUGGGCACAAUAUUUGAAGGAAGGUCAGGAGAAUUUCUUUCGUGAUUAUAAGAGCGACAAUAGCGAGAGCGAAUGGUCCGAUUUAACGGAAGAAGAAGGGACUGAUGAGAAUGAUAUUUCUUUGCCGACGCAAAUAUGUAAUACUCAGUUAGAUAUUGCGCAGUGUCCAGAAGUUUCUGAUAGUACAGCAGACAAAUUCUCCUUGGCGUUAGUACAAAAUCUCGAAUCUAGAAAGUGGCUCUUAUCAAAGGUUCAAACUGAUUGGUGGAACAAUCUAAGAUGUCGAAAGUAUCCCGUUGUUAAACGAUCUUGUGACACCAGCAUAUGUGACAUAUGGCAUGAAACGAGUUUGUCAGCCUUGUACAAAGUAACUACUCUUAGCGAAUAUCAAGUGUGCAGAGAAUUAUUAUGGAUGUUUUAUGUUCAAACGUCAAUGGUGGUGUUUCAACAGGACAGUGAAUCGAAAUUUUCAAUAUGUUCCGACUUAUCUAUACCAAGUUUGACAACUACUGCUUUUAGGAGUAUUCUAACUCCAUUCUGCGAGUAUUUUUCGAUGAUAUAUGAUAUUGAAAGAUUUGGAGCUGACUUGCAGCCAACUUAUAACCAAGACUCAGAACUACAGAGUCCUCCUUUGACCUAUGAAGCAUAUAAUGCUGCGCUUAAACAACACCUAUGUGAAUUUAAGACUGAAGUGGUUAAUAUAGAAAAAGAUAUUAUAAAGCAAGAAAAUUGCAAUACGUUCUUAUCUUUAUCGGCUAAUCUGAGAGGACAUUUGAAUACUAUAAAAAUGCUCUACGAUAUACACCAGAAAGUUAUAACUGAUUGGAAAGUUAAUCCUAAUUGGAAAUGUGCAUCUCGACUAUUAUCAUCCUUAUAUUAUGAAAUGCAAAAUUCUCAUAGUCGAGAAAGGACAAAUAUUUGUAUAAAUUUGUAUCUAUGUAGUCUUACCGUUUAUCUUAACAUAAUUGAUACAUGGCUGAGUGAAGGACGAUUAGAGGAUUGGCGAGAUGAAUUUAUAAUUGUGAGGGUCAGAGAGAAUGAAAAUGAACAAAUUGAAAAAUUUACGAUUCGAUUGUCCGAUAAUAUUUGCUUGACAGAUCCUAUUAUGCAAUUCUUGUUGCAAAAAGUGCAACAUAUGGGUCACAGUAUUGAAUUACUUGUUUCUUUGGAUCGAAUUGCCGACAUAUGGAGGAUGGACAACGAGUACAAUGACACAAGGAUUUCAUUAAACAUUGAACUACAAAAUAAAUUGUUAUCAGAAAUAUCUAAAUAUAGUUCAUCAGUGGAGGAGACAGAUACCGCGCCGCAAAUAGAUGAAAUACUUUUACAAGAGUACGAUGCCGAUAUUGAAACGAAUAUAAUACACCAAUUAUCAACUUUGCAUAAUCCAUUUCUCAUGAAAGCUAUGGAAGACUACAUGCCAUGUGAAUUAUAUAAAAACGAUACGGUGGUUGCUCGUGUGCAUAGUACUCACAAUUCUAAAACGAAACAAGGCCAAAUAUAUAAUUUAUAUCAAGAACUACAAAAGAUAAGAUAUAUAUUGCCGAUGCAAAACAUUUUGGAGAAUACAUUGUCUGAGAUUUUAAUAUUACGCUAUAACAGCGCUAGCAAAUUAGUAAAAAAUAUUAUGAUUGAGGAAUAUAAGCUGCAAACACAUUUGAAGCUAUUGAGGCUUGUUUAUAUGAUGGAAGCUGGACACGUUAUGAAUAAGUUCUAUCAAAUCUUGUUUCACGAGAUUGAAAAUAACCAAAUGUGGGCUAAUUCGUAUUUUCUGUCGUGUAUUCUUGAAGAGGUAUUUUCCCAAUAUUGGCCGGAUACAAGUUCUCGUUGGUCGAUUACAGUUCACGGCAAUAUCAGUACUCGUCAAGUGUUACAAGCUGUAAAUAGUAUAACGCUGCAUUAUACAGUAGAAUGGCCUAUAAGUAUCGUGUUAACUAAGAAAGUUUUAGAAAAGUACAAUGAGAUAUUCAGAUUUCAACUAAAAUUGAAGUGGGCUUUGUGGACGUUAAAUAAUUUAAGGUUUUAUGAUCUAGAAGGUUCUAGGUCGCCGUGUACAAGAGACAGAUUAGAACAGUUCCACAUAAGGCGCCUCGAGAGUUUAAGAUUUUGGCUGCUGCACGCGAUAGGAUCUAUACAUACAUACUUGUCUGGCCAAGUAUUACAGAGUCUAGGUUUUAUACUGGAAAAGGUUCUAGCUCAGGCAGAUAGUCUCGAUACCAUUAUAUCAGAUAUUGGAUGGAAUACUCAUGAUAAUCUUAACAAACGUAAGCAAUUAUUUUCAGUGCAUAAUGAAUACUUGAACAAAGUUCACGAACAUUGCUUAUUAACAGAGGAAUUUAAAGAUUUAAUAACAACUAUAAAUAACAUGAUCGAAAUGUGUAAUCACGUACGAGAUCGAUGGUCACGCAAAAAAUUAUUGUUAGCCGCUACAGAAUUAGACGUAAUGGAGCACAGUUACAUAAAGUAUCAUACAUAUCUUGCCUUAGCUUUGCACAAUGCGGUACAACAUAAGGAUGCAGAUUAUUGUAAGUUUUACAAUUUAUUAGCGGUACUUAACGUAUUUCAGUACAGUUAUCCACAAUUCUGCAGUUCAAUCGAUCGUUCAUAAAUAUUGUCAAAACAAUCAUUAGAGAACGUUAAAAACAAAAAAAAUGUUCAAUUAUUUUUUAAAAUUAGUCAUUGAAAGAUACGUCAUUAGUGUGAUUUAUGUAUUGACAUGUCAAAUCUUGAAUAUAUUUGCCAUAUACUGAAAAAAUAUUAACUAAUAGAUGUUAAAUUGUUGCAUGAUGAAUUAACAGUAUUGCUUUUCUGACAUUUUCCCCUUGCUUUAUUUACAGUGACUGCCUUAAGUUCAGCCUUUAAUUGCAGUAUGCCAUGUGCUUAAUUUUAUAUUAAUAGAAUGUCAACUCGUACCGAUUUAACAAUAUUAUCAGUGUGCAUUCUGAUCUUUCUAUUUGGGAUUAACAACGACAUCAAUCCCAUCUCAUUUACAUCAAUCUCAUUACUUAAUACUACAAAAGUAUACAUGUAGUAUUUAGCCGUUAUUCUACUAGAUCAUUAUAUUGUUAUCUCGUUUGUGAUUAAUAUAAAUUAUAAUUUUUUAUACUAAUAAUUAUUUUUUAGAUAAACUCGUUACGCAAAGAUCUGUAAUACUUACAACAUAGAGUAUUAUGUACUUAUUUUUUUCAAAUAAUUGUUCCCAUAUGUAUAAUUGAGAGAAAAAUAUAUUACUUUAUUUUUUGUAGAAUAAAAAUUGUUUAAAAUUACAUCAAUCACUUUUCUACCACUACGUACGAUUAUCAGUAUAAUUGUUACCCAAUGUGUCAACUUCCAUAUCCUGUUUCCUAUUCGAUCCCUUCCAGAUAAAUUGAUGCCAGCAUCUGCGGCCUACAUCGAUAGUAAAUCAUUCGAAGAUAGUAAUAAAUUCAUUAAGCUUAUUACCGACCUCAGUCGUACUUUAUUGACAGAAAUCGCACACCAAAGUUUGCCACCGUCAGGCAUCCCCCUACCAAUCCCAAAAUUAAUUUACGAAAGGACUUGGCAAAUAAGGUAAAAAAAUGUGACUGACGUAUGCUACAGAUUUUUCAGUUAAAGUGUGGAUUUACUAACUUUUUAAAAUUUUAGUCCAGAAUCAUUGCUACCUGUUGAAAUGUCCUUAAACGAGUAUGAACAAAUCUUUUCUUACAUGCGCUGGUAUCAAUAUGAGGAACAAUUCUUUGUUCUAAAUUCAUCAUCAUGCGUCUUACACGAGAUAAAAGAUAUCGUCACUAAUUCGUAACAUCGUAAGGAAUAUUUUAAGUAGAUACAUACAAAAAUAAAAAUAUAUUCGAUAAUGUUAUUCCACAUACAAUAAAAUCACGAUUUCUACAUUAUGACCCAAUAAAAUUAUACAAUUAUUGAGAUUUAGAAAUUACAAAUGUGUAUAUAUAACUUUAGAUUCCAAAGAAGAAGAAUGUAAAUAUGGUAUGUGAAACAUGUAGAUAUAGAUUUAAAUCCAGCCACACACCCACACAACACACACAUACACACGCACACAUAUACUGCCAUAUAUUUCAUUAAGGUACAUAAAGAAAGCAAUAACUGAUAACAUAGAUGUGUUCCAAUACUCUAUGUAACAAAUAUCAAUUAUAAAAGUUCCGCUAUAGUAAUUUGGGGUUACAGUUUUAAAAUACGAAAUCAUAAUUAUAUGUUUGGUAACAUUAUUAUGAUAACUUAUACAUAUACAAUUAGAAAGUCAUUUCUUGGUAUGAAAGAUAUAUUUCAUGUUUAAUAAUAUAUUGUAAAAAGUAUAGUAUAUAUUAAGGGGAGGAAAAGAUGUGUUUGCAACAUACAUAUUUGCAAAGAGAUUUCCAAAUAAGUAAUAAUGAAAUUAAUAUCAAGAUCUGUUCUAUUACAUUCGCCUGAUAAGUUCUAUACAGAUUGCACAUUAAAGUUAACUCUGCGCAAUUACAACAGUACCGUUUUGUCCAAUGGCUCCAGUUUGCGACACCGUGGGAACAUUUGACGUUUCAUUCGUGCUAACAGGGGAGGAUGAGUGA